GAGCUGCUUAUUUUUGCCUUUCGUUCUCUUUCUACACUUUCAUCUCUUCGAGUCUUCGCUAUUCGCUCGCCUUUAGCUCGCCUCAUUCGCUCGUCGCUCGUCAUAGAGCGGAGGGUGUUCUGUGUGAAGUGAAGAUCCGCCUUUUCGUUAAAAGGCGGCUACAACGAUGGCAGCUUUGAAGGAGACAGAGUUGGCCCAGCUAAUUGAGCCAGCUGAUGGUCUCUUGGAUGAGGAGGAAGAAAAGCCUGUGGUGCCCGCUCCUGCCACAGCGACCGUGGCUGAGGAGUCCGCAGUAUGGAGCAUGGCUGUAAAUUUUGUGAAGAAAUUUGGUGUCUCAAUGGCUGUAUAUUUCCUGGGUUACUUCCAACUGAGCGCCGCUUGGCUCAUCUGCCCCAUUGUGGUGCUGAUCAUUCGAGAGGAGAGCAAGAAGGAGACCAAGGCUAAACAGGAGAUCUUCAAGAAGAUUGCCAUGACGGAUGAAAGAGAUGUUGUCAUGGCCCGGGUCAAAGACCUGCCCUCUUGGGUUUACUUCCCAGACGUUGAAAGAGCCGAGUGGAUUAACAAGAUUAUCAAUCUGUUGUGGCCCAAUGUCAACAGCUACGUGCACGACUUGCUGAAGAAUACCAUUGAACCAGUUCUGAAGGAAUCACUUUUGCCUUACAAAUUAGGUGACUUCAAAUUUGAGAGAAUUGUUCUUGGAAAUAUUCCACCAAGGAUUGGAGGAAUCAAGGUUUAUGACCAAAAUGUGUCCCGCACUGAGGUCAUCAUGGAUAUUGACUUGUUCUAUGGUGGAGACUGUGAUAUCACAUUUUCGGCUAAAGGCGUCAAAGGAGGCAUUAAAGAUUUCCAGGUCAGUGGCCUAGUGAGGAUAGUGAUGAAGCCACUUCUGACACAAAUUCCUCUGGUUGGCGGGCUGCAGGUGUUCUUUUUGAACAACCCUGAAAUUGACUUCAACUUGGUCGGAAUAGCUGAUGUUCUGGACUUCCCGGGUCUCAGGGACGUGCUUCAGCGCAUUAUUACUGAGCAAGUGGCAGCCAUGAUGGUUCUGCCCAACAAAUACCCCAUAGUUUUGAGUGAAGAAGUGCCUGCCCAGGUGCUAAAGACUCCUGAGCCAGAGGGUGUCUUGCGAAUCCACCUGGUUGAGGCGAGGAACCUGAUGAAGAUGGACAUCAGCGUGCUUGGAGAAGGAAAGUCUGAUCCAUACGCUGUCAUCACCAUUGGCUCCAAGACCUACAAGACCAAAAUCAUUGAGGGCUCUGUCAAUCCGAAGUGGGACUACUGGUUUGAAGCGGAAGUUUCUUCGUACAAGGCGCAAGAGAUUUUGAUUCAGGUCUGGGACUGGGACAGAGGAUUUCCUGGCUACCAAAAUGAUGACUACCUCGGAAAGGCCACUAUUGAUAUUAAUAUGUUGGUGCACAAUGGCCAGUCAGACUUGUGGAUUCCUCUAGAAGAGGCAAAGCAUGGAGACAUCCACAUGAGGUGUACCUGGUUUGGAUUGAGCAAUGAUAGGGAUGACUUGGCUGUUACCUUGACCGAGACGAAAAUGCUUCACCUGAGCGGUAUGUCUUCUGCUCUAUUUAUCCUUUACAUUGAUUGCGCCAAGCAGCUACCGUGUGUUAAAGAAAACAAGAAACCUGAUCCAUUUGUGACUGUGCAACUGGGAUCAAGGAUUGAACAGACAGCUGUCGUCAUGAGAACCACUGACCCAGUCUGGGAGGUUGGCUACACCUAUCUGGUGCAGAACCCUGACACUGACACCCUUACCCUGAAGGUAAUGGAUCAGAAAACAAACAGUGAACUCGGCACAUUUUCUUACAACUUGUGUGGGCUGUAUGAAAGGCGGAUGAUGCAAAUCCGUCACCAGCCUGUCCGCCUAAAAGGUUCUGGAUUGACCUCCAAGCUAUUCUUGUCCAUGCAGCUGAAAAUUAUGAAAAAGUCGGAUGUGGCUAUGUCUGACAAAUCUGGUGGCAGUUCGCCAGUGGAGAUGAAAGUGCCGAAAAGGACCAAGUCAAUUGAAUCCAAGAGUUCUGACACCCUGAGUGUCGGUCGAGGUUCCGUUUCUGCGAUCGAGCCGUUGAUCGAAAGCACCGUUGCCUCUCUCGCCAACGCAGUCCCACCAUCUGCUAUUGAGCCAGAGUUGAGACGUAGAGGAACAAUUAAAAGGACAAACCUCGGCUCCAUCCAGCUGACCAUUUCGUUUAGCAACCUGCGACAGCGUCUUGUUGUUGUUGUGCACAAAAUCGAGAAUCUCCCGCAGGAUGACCCAACAAACCCACCAGAUCCAUAUGUGAAACUGCAUCUUCUACCUGAUCGAUCCAAGGAACACAAGAGGAAAACUGAGACCAUCAAGGACAAUUGCAAUCCAAUCUACGAAGAAACUUUUGAGUACGUGAUGUCAGAAGGCGAAUUACAUGGCCGAAAGUUGGAGAUAUCGGUUGUUUCUAACAAGAACUCCAUGUUUUCUUCAAACCCGUUAAUCGGACAGGCUGUGAUUACCCUGUCUGAGCUGAACCUUUCUGAGGGCGUAAAGGACUGGUACAAUUUGACCGCCUAGCACAGGCUUCUCACUCUGCGCAAACUUCACCCCCUUCGACUGUCCAUUUCAACGGACACUCUUUCCAAACUAUUUGCAACUGUCAAGCAGCGUUGAGUGGGGAGGCGCAGAUCAUUGAAAUUAACUUGCACAUUUUAUUUUCAAACGCAAUUCUAGAUUACUCUGAAAGUGAUAGGGCAUGCUCUUUGUGUCUAAUUCAAAGCUUCAAUGGCUCGCUUAUAUUUAAAAACACAUAUGUAUCAGGUUGUUGAAAGUCACAUACUGAAUGUUAAACUAUGCUGCACAAACAAAAGAGACUAAAAAUGUUGAGUUUUAUAUCAAAAUGCUAGGAUCUGAAAAAUCGAGGCAGCUGCUGAAAUUAUUUGCUGUGGUUUGUAGUUAAUGGAAUGUUUUUAACUUUUCUACACCUUUUUGUGUUAUUCUUUUUUUGUUAAGACUUACAAGCUGUGCAGAGAGGAAAUAUAUUUUAAAUUGUCUUUACUAACAAUCGCAGCUAGACGGUAUACUAUUUUCAAUUAAUGUUUCUCAACGUACCCAAGGUACAUAAUCUGGAAAGUUGGCAUUUAAUAUUUUAUGGUGUUUUACCAAAUUAUUGAUUAUCUUUUUAGCUUUUCUUCAAGCUAAGGUACUACAAAAAUAUUACGAUGAAUCAAUCGCUAUGAUCAAGUAGCUCGUAUUUUUGUUCAAUGUGUAACCAAUAAAAUAAAAUGUCUGUUAAACUA